UUCCAGGAGUUGAUAUUCAUCUGUUUUAUUGAAAAUAAUACAUGGCAGCAGUGAUAAAUGCGAGGCCAAGUACCUUGACUCGAUGUAGCUUGGGUACUGGAAAGCCAGUGUUAUUGCAUAAAAUCGAGGGACAAAUAUCACGUGUAAAUGGCGUGCACUUAUUAAGUAAUGAAGAAGGAGUGCUAACAAUCAGUGAUGAUCGAUCACUACGUAUCUACCUGAAACGUGAUAACGAGCAAUUCUGGCCGUCUAUCUAUCACUAUCUACCAUUUUCCCCCAAUUCGAUGUAUUUCGAUGAAGAUAAAUUAAGGCUCUUUGUUGGUCUUAUCAACGGUAGUGUUUAUGAAUACAAAGUAGCAGAAGACAUGAACAGUUUGUUGGAACAACGCCACUGGAUGGCACAUUUGAGCAUCAUCACUGCAGUACUGUAUUCACCGGAAGCUGAACUGAUCUUUAGUUGUAGCAAAGAUAAAACGACGGUUUGGCAUUGUUCGGAAACCUCUGUAAAAAUGGGAUCCUAUGCAGGCGAGUCAGGCUUCACAGCACUGGAAUUCGAUGUGCCAUCGAAAUUUGUUUUUUUGGGAGAUUCUUGUGGUGGUAUUAUUCUUUUACGCUUGAAUGGCUCAGAAGCAAAUGUUGUUACCACCCUUUCUGCACAUACAAAUACCAUAACAUCACUGGCCUGGGAUUCAGAACGUCAGUUAUUGUUUUCAGCAGGAGCCGAUCGCCUUGUUAUCGUGUGGGAUAUUGGUGGAAAGAAAGGACAAGCAUUUGAAUUGAACGCUCACAACAACAGACUGACAUGUCUACGAUAUGCACAACAUAAGAAAAGGCUUUUUUCGGCAGAUGAAGACGGAAGUUUAGUUUGUUGGGAUAUGACAGCGAAACGCGUAGAGACACCGGAAUGGAAAACGAGUGAUAGCUGUCAGCUGUGUGACUCGCCAUUUUUCUGGAACUUUCGAGAAAUGUGGGAUAAAAAGGUAGUUGGUUUACGCCAACAUCAUUGCCGUACUUGUGGUAAUGCUGUAUGCGCAAAAUGCUGUGUCAGUACGACAAGGUACCCACCGAUGGGUUAUGAAUUACCGGUUAGGAUAUGUAACGCUUGUCAAUCUCGAAUGCAACAGUUCCCCGACCAGUUUGAUCUUACCUCGUUAGCAGUCGUUUCGGAGCUACGUCAAAGUGUUAUAUGCAUGCAUUUGCAAGAAUCGACAGGUCGCCUUGUUACAGCUGGUUCUGAUCGAAUUUUGAUGAUUUGGGAUGUAACACAGUUCGUCUAAAAAAAAAUAGCUUAAGCUGUCUUGAAGUGCUCAGAAUACGAUUAAAUUGCAAUUCUUUUGUUUGCACUGCAUUCCUUUGCAUCUGUGAUAUCAAAUGCUGGCAAUAUACGUCUGGUUAACUCUUCCUUUUUUAAUUUUAUAUUUUUUAUAUUGCAAUGUCGUACAUUGUCAAAUUGCACAAGGAAAUUUGUAUAUAAACUUAUAUUGUCUUGAUUGCUGAGAAAUAUUUAGGAUCUUGUAUUUAAAUUCCGCUAAUUUUAUCCGCAAUAACCAACCGC